AUGAGCGGCAGGGUCUGUCCUUCGUCAUCCACUGUGAUGCAGCAUGGGGGGUGGUUAUUUCGCCUCAACGUUGCGUCCGGCUAUAGUCUAUACCUAGCAGGUGCACUCUGCUAUCGUGAUGGAAGAAUGCGAUAUUUGGUGACAUGGACUAGCUCUAUAAUCUACUGUGAAAGUGAAGAAGGUCUGACUGAGAGCAUUGGUCUCUACGGCGUGGAGGGAAUGACAGAAGGACUAGUAGUCGGUCCUUAUUUAUCCUAUCAAGCUAUCGGACUACACAAGGACGGAUAUUUGACUCUCUUAGGUGAAGCAUUAUUCACGGGCAAAAGGCUCUACUGUCACUGGGCUACUUUGAUGGUUAGUCUAAUCGAAAUUGGAGAUGUAUCAGCAAAACUCCUAAUCACUCCUUUUAAUAUGUUACCUGCAGAGCGAGAUGAAGGUAACGUAGAGGCGCCAAAAGAAUUCACUCGGGAACACAUUAUACAGGCAGAUAAUGAGGAUCUCAUGCUAGAUCCCGAAGCUGUGCAGUUACUUCAACAGUUGGGGAUGGAGGAUGAGGUGAAAGCUAUGAUACAGCGCAAUGUCGAAUUUCCAAAUUUCCAUGGCUUCAUCAUUCAGGGAUACGAAGGGGAACGCCUUUGUGGAGUUCACCUUCCAAUGUUUAAUAUGCAGAACCAUCGGACUCAAGCUAUUAUCUCGUUUACAUUGCCUCUAAGAGAUCGCGAAGUUCUGGUAGAGAGGAAGAAGAGGAAUCCAAAGAUGUUUCUAACUGUUGGCAACAAGGAACCAGCCCUGUUAUCACAGCUUAUAAAGGACGGCGCAUCCUUUACUGCAACUCUUCAAGAUGGAUUCCCCUGGGAUAAGAGGCCAAUAUCAGACAAUCUGGUUCUCAGUGAUGUUAAACCACUAUUGAGAAGGUCAUUGGCUUCUUCAGAUCUGAGCUCGACCUACCCAGAAAAGAUGACAUUCUUUGUCUAUUCUGCUCAUCAGGAGACAAUUGCAGAAGCGAUAUUCAACAUGGAUCACCUACUCAGUUGUUCACCGAAUGUACAACUUAAUUCUGAAAUGAUGACUUUGGAAUGCAAACAGGAUAGUGCGAAAACAGGAUUCGAGAUUCCAGGAUUACGUUUCCUGCCUGGCGAAACGUUUUCCUUUGAAGCCUUCAAAUCAGAGGACGACCCGUCUAAUUUAAUUGAGGGUGACGUGCAAUUUAUGGGACAAGUACGAAUUGGUCCAUCAGUGUUGGUUGACUAUUCGAUGCUUAACGCUGAUGGUGGUACUGAGAGUAAUGAUGGCGCAAAAGAAGCAUUACUCGGGAUUCGUGCCGAUAUUUCUGGGCUCGUGACCGAAUAUCCUAACUCAUCAUAUAUCAUUGAACUAAGAAACGGAUUUCAGAGAGGAAAGAUUCAAGAAUCGAGAAGCCUUCUUCCCGAGGUACAACGAAACCAAGCAAAGAAGUUACAGGGGCACAAAUCGUUUGUUUCACGUAUCUUGAAUAUCCCUGUUCCAUGCCGCUCUGACAAAAAUCCAAAGCUUGAUGACUAUAAAGCAUGUCACUCCCAGUUCCUGCAGUCUUUGAAACAGAACUCGAAGAGCCAAAGGGACUUCAUUGUUGAGUCGGCUGUGGCCGAAGAAUGGGAAAUCCCUACAGAGCUUGCUGCUGAAGAGCCCUGCGAGAUUCUUGCUGUCGAAAAUCCAGAGCCCAUUUCUGAGAACGUCAGUGAAGCCGUUAAGCAGAUUGUAAUCGGACAGUCAGAUCACGGAGCCCACAUUCCUGCUCGCCGCUCCCCUGAUAAUCGUGAGAAAAAUCAGCGCUGA